AUGCAGCAGCUACAGGUUGUCGCGGAGGUGAUGGAUGAGAAUGGGCCGCAGCCCCAACAGCAGAACGGCCGCAACCCUGAACGGACGGGGUUCAGAGGUUCGUCCGUUUGGAAGGCGCUGGCCAUCGGCGCCUUGGCCGGUUUCGGCGGCAUCCUGUUCGGCUACGACACGGGCUACAUCAACGGCGUCAUGGCCAUGGGGUAUUUCGAGAACAUGUACUUCGCCAAGCCGCCGCCGUGGCUCAACCUCGACCGCGAGCAGCGGCCCUUUUGGAUGGACGACAAGCUCGCCCCGGCCUGGUUCCACCUUCCCGGGCGCGACAAGUCGCUGAUCGUCGGCCUGCUGUCGGCCGGGACAUGCGUCGGCUCGCUGCUGGGCUCGGACGCCGCCGACUAUCUCGGCCGGCGCGUGGCGCUGCUGCUGGGGUGUCUGGUCUUCAUAUGGGGCAUCGUCGACCAGACGACGUCGGUGCACAUGGACCUCCUGGGCCGCGGCCGCUUCGAGACGGGGCUCGGUAUGGGCACGAUCUCGACCGUCAUCAUCCUGUACCUGGCCGAGAUCAGCCCCGCGUCCAUCCGCGGCUUCAUGGUCGCCUUUUACCAGUUCUGCAUUACCAUGGGCCUGCUCAUCGCGUCGUGCGUCAACAUGGGCACGCAUGGCAUGUGGAACAUGGGCAGCUACCGCAUCCCCGUCAGCCUGCAGCUCGUGUGGGCGCUGGCCCUCAUCUUCUGGCUCCUGUUCCUGCCUGAGUCGCCGCGGUGGCAUGUCAAGAUGGGCAACCUCAGCAAGGCCAAGGUUGCGCUGGCGCAGCUGCGGUGUCUGCACGAGAACGACGAGUCGGUGCGCAUGGAGCUGAACGACAUGGUGCUCACCUGCCAGCACGAGCUGACCGUGACGCAGCCGGGGAGGUACUGGCAAUCCUGGCUAAGCUGUUUCCGUGGCCCGUGGCGCGAGAGCGGCUCCAACGUGCGGAGGACAAUGCUGGGCAUCGCGAUGCAGAUGUUCCAGCAAAUCACAGGUGUCAACUUCAUCUUCUACUUUGGCACCGCCUUCUUCCAGCAGCAGGGGUUCGACAACGUUUUCGUUAUCCUGGUGGCCAUGAGCGCCGUCAACGUGGCGUCGACGAUUGCAUCCUUCUACGUCGUCAACAAACUGCGGCGGCGCUCGCUCCUCAUGGCGGGCGCGGCCGUCAUGGCGCUCUGCCAGUUCACCGUGGCCACCGUCGGCCUAAUAUGGCGAGGCCAGGGGUCGCCGCCCUCUCGGGGCGGGUUCCACGUCGGGCACGCGCCGACGCGCAACCUAGCGCCCAUACCGGCGUGGCACUUCUGGACCACGAUGGCGGGGGUCGGCAUCUACCUGUUCUGCUACGCGACCACGUGGGGGCCGGGGGCGUGGAUCCUAACGGGCGAGAUCUUCCCGCUCAAAAUCCGCGCGCGCGGGGUCGGCCUGUCGACGGCGACCAACUGGCUGUCGAACUCGGUCGUCAGCUUCGUCACGCCGGUGCUGAUCGACGCCAACCAGUGGAAUCUCGGGCCGGCCGUGUUCCUGAUCUGGGGCUCCGCGUGCCUGCUGGCCUCCCUCUUCACGUACAUCUUCGUGCCCGAGACCAAGGGCCUGACCCUGGAGCAGGUCGACCUCAUGUUUGAGCUGUCGGCGAGGGGGUCGAGCCGGUGGGUGCCGCCUGAGGACGUGGCCAGGCUCUUCUCGUCGUAUUCAAGGAGGCAUUCGAGGACCAAGUGA